AUGGCUCCCAAAUCCCAACCACAUCUCGCCGGCACAGAAAGUCCUUCACUUCCCACCGCUGCAACAUCAUCCAAAGAGGGCUCCGAGGCACCCAUCUCCACUACCGGCGUGCCGCCCAAGAGAGCAGGCUCUGAGACAGCAUCUGGCAAAGCCGCAUCCACCUCUCAGCCGAUGACCAAAUCUUCUUCCUCGUCGUCAGGGUCAAAUCCCCCGGACGCCAAGGACGCAGCCACUGGACCAUCGCCAUACGGCACACGCUCCCGCAACAGGACCGGCCGGGCACGCCCUAAUUACGCAGAGGACAAGGACAUCGACUCAGACCUCUAUGAUGCAGCUCCGGAGCGAAAGGAUGAUGGCGAUGCCAAAAGAUCCACGCGACAGGCAAACCCCUCCUCCACCACGGCCCAGGACGCCCCACAGCCUGGACCUUCAUCAGCCUCAUCAUCAUCGUCGCGGAAGCCUCUGCCGUCCUCUGACGACGGGAAGCACGGUGGCUCCGCGGCCGCCGCCACCAACCCCAUCACCACAACCACCACAUCAGCAGCCAACAAAGAAUCACAACAGCAACAGCAGAAUCAAGCUAGUGCAACACCAACACCCGCACCCACUACCAAUCCCGCCACUGCUACCCAAACAUCCAAGAAGCGCAAAGCAGGAAACCAAGGCAGCUCAUCCGUCCUGAACCAGCAGAAUGGUGCGGGGCACUCAUCGGCAUCGUCGAGUGCCGCCCACAGAAAGUCGCUCGGUGGUGGCGGCGGUGUUGGUAGCGCCAGCGGUUAUGCCGAGACAAACAUGAUGAGUUUCGAGGACUGCCAAGGCAGGCCCAAGAACAAGACACUCACAGCGGAUGAUGGGACCAUCCUGGCUGUAAAUGACCACGUCUACCUGAUCUGUGAACCGCCUGGUGAGCCAUACUACAUUGCACGGAUCAUGGAGUUUCUGCACUCCAAGAACGAUGCAUCGCGGCCGGUAGACUCCAUCCGAGUCAAUUGGUUUUACCGACCCAAGGACAUUGGGCGCAAAGCACAGGAUACGCGGAUGUUGUUUGCUACGAUGCAUUCCGACAUUUGCCCUCUGAACUCGCUGCGCGGCAAGUGCACGGUGAGGCACAAGGCAGAGAUCCCCAAUGCGGAAGCUUACCGCAGGAACCCAGACUGUUUCUGGUGGGACAAGAUGUACGACCGCUACAUCCAAAAGAACUACGACGCCAUCCCCACCUCGCAAAUCAUCAACGUGCCGGAGCGGGUCAAGAAGGUGCUGGACGAGCGCUGGAAAUACAUCCUGGUUGAGCAGGGUCGUGGAAAGGAGCUUACCAGCGCUGUGAAGUCAUGCAAGCGAUGCAGCGGCUACUGUGCCAGUGCUGAUUCGGUUGACUGCGGGUUCUGUAAGAACACCUACCACAUGCAAUGCGUGCGGCCGCCGUUGCAAAAGAAGCCCGCUCGCGGCUUUGGGUGGGCUUGCGGCCCCUGCAACCUGGCCCAGGAGAGGAAGCUUGAGGCUCUCAACGCACCACAUCUCCAUGACUCUGGUAUCAGCGCCGAGGAUGAAGAGCUGCUCGAGGAGGAGGAGGAGGAGGAUCCUGCGCAGGCAAAUACGAACCGCACCAGUCCUAUUGUGGAACACGAACACCCACCACCGACCCCCGAGCAGAUAUACCAGGCCAGCCUUUGGCCCUAUAGGUAUCUCGGCAUGCACUGCGAUAUCGAAGAUGCGCUGGACUACGACGACCGCAUCUACCCUCGCGCCAGUUCCAGGCUGGGUCCUCGGCAUCAGGCCACUGUCGGCGACUGGCCAGGUCGGCCCGUGCGGUUCGUGAAACCCCUGGAAAUCAAGAAGACCGGCCGCAAGGACGGUCGUCACUCCAAGGAAAUCCAAGCCCUGCUUGAGAAAGACAAGCGGGAGCGCGAGAAGCGCCCCAAAUGGGUACAGGAUGAGCCAUUCUCCGGCUACGUUCCGCGAGGGCUGGACCUCGCCGAGGACGACCCGAACUCGACAUCAGCAUGUCUGUGGAAGCCUGCCGAGGGCGCAGAUGGAGAGCCCGUCAAAGAUGCUGAUAACGAUCUGGUUAUCUCCGAAGCCGGAAUCGACGACUACAUGGACAGGGCCAGAUCUAUGACCAAGGAACUUGGACUCCCCGACCGGAGUACAAACUUGGAGGAUAUUGCUCGGGAUCUCUUAUACAAGAACCAUUAUGACGCGGAGGAAUCACUGAGACAACUUGCCAAGACUGACAAAUCACUGUUCAAAGAACCCGAAUUGACCGUGGCGGAACAGAAGAAAUUCGAGGAAGCUGUGGCCAAGUUCGGUUCUGAGCUCCAGAGUGUCAAGAGACACGUCAAAUCGGUUCCCCACAAGUGGAUCGUUCGCCAUUACUACAAAUGGAAGAAAACGACACAGGGGAAGAAGAUCUGGGGAAACCACCCACAGCGGAAGGGCAAGAAGGAGAUCAAGCGUGCGCAAGCAGAGGCUAGCAAGGCUGCGGACGAGGUAGCGGAUGAUCAUGAUGAUUCGGCUUUUGACACUGGCAAGGCCCGAGACAAGAAGAAGAACUUCAUGUGCAAGUUCUGCAACACCAAAUCAUCACGACAGUGGCGUCGCGCGCCAAAUGUUUCCUCCGCGGUUGUUACUGAAAAUGGCGGCAAAACCAAGGACAAAGGCACACAAUACGUCGUGGCUCUCUGUCGAAGGUGUGCUGAGCUCUGGCGGCGCUAUGCCAUCCAGUGGGAGGAUCUCGACGAGGCGGCCAAGAAGCUCACUUCAUCCGGCAAUCGAUCGCUGAAGAAGAAGAUUGACGAGGAGCUGUUCAAGGAGCUGCAAGCAGCAGACGAAAGGAUGAUGGCGACCAAGUACAGCACGCCCGAACCCUCAGUCGUUCCACCAAAUGCAGCAGCAGUCGCCACAUCCCAAACGACGGGGCCCCAGGAGCCGCCUCGCAAGAAGCUCAAGUCCGAGCGAGACUCGGAGCCCGCGUUACUGGAGACGGGAGGCGUGGGUAGCGUUGCCGCGGCCAAAAAGAAGGAGAAGGAGAAGGAGAAACCUGUCGAGAAGCCCGCUCCUCCGCCUCCACCGCCGAUGCCCAAGCCGAAGACGAUGCCUUGCAGCAAAACGGAAGAUGGAUGCGACAUGUGUUCUAACGACAAGAACCCGCAAAUCUCACUGCACUACAAAUGUGUAUUGUGCCCGGUCGAAAGAACUGAGCAUGACUUUGUGGAGCCUCCGAAGAUCUCUCACAAGAAGAAGUCGGAGAAAGAGCGCGAGCGAGAACGGCUGGAGAAGGAGUCCGCUCAGAAGGCGGCCGAUUUCUAUCGAAAGCUCCAGGAGGAGCUCGGCAGACCGUUAGACCCCAGGGAACCAUUGAAGAGGACAGCAGACAACAACUGGGUCCACGUAACCUGCGCCGUCUUCACUCCCGAGGUCAAAUUCGCAAACGCGAAGUCCCUCGAGCCCAGCGAAGGCAUUCCAUCCAUUCCUCGGUCGCGUUAUCAAGAGGUAUGCAAAGUCUGCAAGCAGCAGGGCGGCGCUUGUGUACCAUGUCACAACCCAACCUGUCGAACGACAUUCCAUGUCGAGUGUGCGUACCAACAGGGCUAUGCUGUCGGGUUCGACAUCACUCCCGUCAAGGGCUCACGUCGGGACCAGCACAACAUUGUCAGCAUCGGCGGCGAAAGUGGGACCAUGACAGCAGCGAUCUGGUGUAAAGAUCACGUGCCAAAGAGUGUCAUUCAUCACAUCGAAGACGUGGUCGACGAGUCCGGCUUGAAUGCGCUGCAGCUCUAUGUGCGGAACUUCAAACAGGCUGAUCUGGCACUGACAGGCUGUGCUCGCAAGGCCAACCUCAUCCCGGCAGCUGCAAGGCCUGUCACUGCUACGACCACGACGCCAAUCAACCGCAGGGCUUCUACCACCACGCUUGUCCCUGUGACAUCGCCAGUUCAGGUCAACGGAGCAAUCAAGGAGGAGGUGCCGUACAUCAUGCAGCCAGUUGGCAAGGUUUGCAUUACUUGCGGCACGGACGUCAGCCCUAAAUGGCAUUCAAUCGACGAGUCGCAAGGCCUUCUACUCGUGAACGGCCAUGGUGGCAGCUUGGGCGAGGAGGCUCAGAAGUUCGUGGCACAGCGCAACUAUCAGUGUCACAAGUGCAGGAAGGCCAACCGGCGUGUCGAGCCCCAGCCAGUCGUCAAACAAGAGGCAUCCCCACCGCCCGUCGAGGCCACGAGGUCGCCCCCUCCUGCAAUUCAGGCUACUGCGAGCCCACAAAACUUGAUGAGUGUCAGAAAUAUUGCGCCGCAGCCGUGGGAUCACCCUCCCCGCCAGUCUUCCUUGGAUGCUCCGGCAACGCAACCGCCGCCGAUGGCUGCAUCAAGCCACGGACCUGCUUUCGGGCCGCCUCCUGGAUCGCUUUCUGUGCAAGCCCCGGCUCCCAUCGCGCCCCCUAUCGCGGCCCCUAUGGUCCAGGCUCCGCAACAACAGCCACAGCCGCCGCCGUUGGCCCAACCCAUCGCGGCCCCGUCCCUGCAGUCCGCCAUGCCACCGCGAGGCCCUCCGUCUCACCAGUACCCACCACCCCAUACACCGCCCUAUGGUGAAUGGCGUCGACCAUCCUCACAGCAUGGUUCUCAUCCUGCUCCUCCGCCGCCACCGUCCCAGUCACACCACAUGAAUGGAGCACAUCCGCAAAUGCCGCCCAGCACUGUGCCACCGCUGGCCCCGCCUAAUCAUCUGCGCCCACCACCGCUGUCGAGCAUCCCUCCGCCCCCACCUCCUUUGCAGAACGGCCAUGGGCUUGGACACCAUUACGGUUCUCAGCCGGCAUCCAACGGUAUGCCGCCAUCCCCGAGAGGCGUAGGAGGGCCACCGCCUUUACCGAAUGGAGGUCCCUACCUGCCUCAGCACCAUCAGUCCCACUCGAUCCAUCAUCAGCCUCCUCCGCCUCCUCAUCACCUUACAAACGGUGGGCCUCCGCCGCGUGCAGCAGAACACCCCUUCUCUCACGGUCUGCAUCCUCAGAGGUCUCCGUUUUCAACCCCUCACGGCAGUCCUCCCGUGACGAGGGAUACCGUCAUGUGGUGCCUCCGCAAGCCCGUCAUUGCGAAACCUGCUACAUUAGGAGUCGACUGGGUCGAGUGA